AUGGGCCGCCACGACGCCGCAGAGAAAUCCCUUCAGGAUCAAAGAAACAUCCUACCCAUAGGUCAACUAGUGAUUGUCUUCAGCGGUCUAGCAAUCUCGCUACUAAUCUGCUUCAUCGACCAGAAUGGGCUUAGUGUCGCGCUCCCCAGUAUCAGCAAGGACCUCAAUGCCGAAGACACCAUUUCCUGGGCUGGGACGUCCUCGCUAAUCGCCAACGCCGUCUGCACCGUUCUUUAUGGACGAUUGUCUGACAUCUUCGGCCGCAAGAGUGUCUAUAUCAGCGUCCUGAUUCUCCUCAGUGUCGCCGACCUGCUAUGUGGUCUGGCCGUGGACCCGCCUAUGCUCUACGUCUUCCGUGCAAUGGCCGGUAUUGCUACUGGCGGCAUCACCAACAUGACCAUGAUUAUUGUCAGUGAUGUGGUGACGCUGCAGGACCGGGGGAAGUAUCAGGGUAUUCUGGGUUCGUGUGUCGGACUGGGCAACGUAAUCGGUCCUUUCAUCGCGGCUGCGUUUGUGGAAAGGGAUUCUUGGAGAGAUAUCUUUUACCUGCUCUGUCCGUGUGCGGCGGUGAGUGCCGUGGUGGCUUGGUUCCUGUUGCCGAGUAAAAUGAGACCGGAGUCGAUGAAGAGUCAAGUGAAGAAGAUUGAUUUUAUGGGUACCAUCACCUCCACUAUCGCCAUUGUUUUUAUUCUGAUUCCCAUAUCCGGUGGCGGUCUCUACUUUCGAUGGGAUUCGGCGCUUGUAAUCUUUUCUAUCUUCAAAAGACCCGUCGCCACGACUCUGUUAUUGCAGAGUUUUCUCCUUGGAGCUGCAUACCAGUCCUUGCUGUAUUAUUUGCCGCUCUAUGUUCAGAAUGCACGAGGCUGGUCCCCAAUCCAAUCUGCAAUCUGUUCGUUGCCCAUGGUCUGUUUCCAGUCCACUUUGUCCAUCCUAUCUGGACAGUACAUGUCACGAUUGAAUCGCUACCAUGAGGUUAUCUUUACUGGCUUCGCUCUGUGGUGUCUCGGAAUCGGAUUAACGCUGCUAUGGGAUGGGAGCACGCCCAAGAGUCAACUGUACGGCACUCUGGUCCUCGUCGGCGCUGGCAUCGGCUGCACUUUCCAGCCAACCCUGGUCGCUCUCCAAGCGCAUACUCCCACCUCCCAGCGCGCCGUUGUGAUUUCCAUUCGCAACUUUUUCCGUUGCACUGGCGGUGCCGUUGGCCUAGCUAUAUCAGCCGCAAUCCUACAAAGCGUGCUCAAGGCCAACUUGCCGGCUGGGUAUGAAUAUCUGACACGCACAACUUAUGCGCUCCCUGAUCAAGGCAGUAUCCCGGCUGCGGACUGGGACGCUAUUGUGCAAGCUUAUAUUAAGGCAUCGCAUACUGUGUUCAUUUUUCAGGUGCCCUUGGUGGGUGCUUGUGUGCUCGGGUGCUUCUUUAUCCGGGAUAAAGGUUUGCAGAAGCAGGAGGAUUCCAGCAAGAAUAAUAAUAAAGAGGGUGUCAAGAAAGAGCAGGGACAGGGUCAAGUACAGACAGAUGCAACAGAGUCCCAGGCAACGACACAGAUUGAUACUGAUAUCGAGUCGGGGAAUAAUGCCGAAACAAGGGACCGUGAUGUUGAAAAACAAAUAGGACGCGAGGACGGCAAGAAGGCCGACAAGGCUGACGAAGCCUCAAUUGCCUAA